CGCGCUGGGCGUCAGUGCAGGUGUUCCUGCAGAAGGCCGACCAACUCGUCAACAGUGGCUUUUUGCCAGUCUCCCGCACGGGCGGCAGUCCGGGCGCGCCGUUGGCGGCCGAAGUCCUGGUCCGAUAUAUCCGGCUGCUCGGACCGAAUGGUCGAUUCGAUCUCGCCCUGCUCCCGGCCGGCUGUGGCGGAGCGCUCGAUCCAAUGGCAGAUGUACUCGUGGCCCUGGUCGUAAAACACCGCGACCGGGAUCGACAUAUACAGGCCCUCUUUGAGGUACUCGUUCAUGAUGUCGUGGUUUUCGUCGCGAGGGAAAAUGCGCAGUUCAAUUCCGGCCGCUUCGGCCACUCGUGCGAGGACCGGCAGUUCGCGCACCACGUCGCCACACCAGUCUUCGCCGAUCACCAUCAUGCGGGCGGGCCCGCCUUCGGAUGAGGCCAAUUCCCGGAGACUGGACGACUGGUCCGAAUCCAACUGAACGUUGGCGUAAUAUUCUUCGAACCUGGCCUUGUUGACAUUGAUGCUGCUCAUAUAGUCGUCGUAGGUCAUACCCUGAGCAUAGCGCUCGGCCGUUACCACGCUGGCUUCACGUACCAUGAUUGCACCUCUCGAGUUCAACGGAUGUUGAGUGAACCGAAUUCCGAAAUUCCUACGGGGGACAGGCCGCCGGCCGGUCAGCCGAUCUCUCAACCGCGUUGGCCGCGGAAACCCAUCUCCACUUUGCCAUCGGGCCACACGAUGAUGGGAACGGCAUCUCCAAAAUCCAGAGCCUCGUCCAACGUGUCCUGGCUCUGGUCGACCCGGCGUUCGUCGUAUUCGACGCCUUCGCGCCGCCAGGCAGCGCGCAACGAAUCGCAUGCGGGACACACCGUGAGGGUAUACACGAUUGGGAUGUCUGCCAUGGUUGCCUCCCGUGUGACGAGCCGACUAUGGCGGCAUUCUACAACUUUGCGUCGGUCGCUGCUAUAAUCGCCGCUACUAUAAUCGCUGAGGAAUCCCCGACAUCCAAGGAGACAAAAAUGAUCGCGCUGAUUGUGGAAAUCAAUAUCAAAUCCGGCUUCAAGGACCAGUUCAUGGCCUCCAUGCUAGGGGACGCGAAGGGUUCGAACAACGAUGAACCGGGGUGCCUGCGCUUCGACGUUUUGCAAGACAAUGAGGACGAGAACAAGAUCCACCUGUUCGAGGUGUACGAGGACGAAGCGGCCGUUGAUGCGCAUCGCAAUGCUCCGCACUUCGUCAAGUGGCGGGAGGAGUGCGCGGACUGGUUCGCCACCGAGAACAUCCGCAAGAUCGCCACGCCCGUGUAUCCGGUACCGGAGAAGUGGGAGAAGCGUCCUCCAGUGGACUGA